CUUUCGCCCUUUCUUUCCCAAUAUCAUUACUAAACGAUUCCUAAAGCUAGUUUAUCGAAGCAAAUCCAAAAAUUUAUUUCGUUAAUCACCUUGCCAUCGCUGGUGCAAGCCGUGGAAUAUCUGGUGUUUUAUAAAACGUAGUGUUUAUACCUGGACUGUGGAGUUAUUUGAAGCACGUCUCUGAAUUUCUUGGUACAAUUUGAAACAUACAAAAUCAAGAAAGUUAACGACAUACAAAAUGGCCGGUUUUAUACUCGAGUAUACAAAGAUAAAAACGUAAAAUUCGACGGGAGAAGCUGCUCAUUCAAGAUUUCAUCUAUGGUCGAUUUUUUAUGUAUUUAAGCGAACUGAUGUCAUUGCUUGUGUUUCCUUGUUCAACAAACGAAGCCGCAUAGCCGUCAAUUGAGUGUCAACAGGGUUCAUAAUAUAUCGUUGUAGAAAAUAUGGAACCAAAUGAUGUGCCUUCACAGAGUCCAUUGCAUACAUCUAGGUCAUUCUUUGAUUCUGCAAUGAUUGGGCAACCUUCAAUUCUACAAUCUCCUCCUUUGUCCCAUGAACAUAGAUAUGGACUUCCUCAAAUUCCAUCUGCAUUUUCUGUAAUUGGAAGACAUGCAAACUACCCUUCAGUUAAUUCUCAUCAUCAUGACUUUACUUCAAGCUUGACACAUGAUCCUCUAAUGGCUACAAGUCCCAGGAUACAAAGAAGCCCAACCUCUGGUACAUCCGCUUCUUGGUGGAGGCAAUCCCCAAUUAGUUCUCGUCCUCAAACUAUGAACAGCAGUGAUAUUUUUGGAAAUCAAUUGAUGUGGCUAUCUCAUGAACAAGAACACUUGAGGCCUCAUGAAAGUGUUACAUAUCAUAAUCCUGCUCCAACCUAUCGCAAUUUUGAUUUUUUGAAUGGGCCACCAGCGAGCAGUUACUAUUAGCCAUCUCCUCGUUUCUUCCCUGAACCCACACAUACUUUGCAUGCUUUGCCAGCUAUGGGAAAGGAAAGACCUUUAACAUGGGAUGAUCGUCUUGGUGGAAGUCAUAGUUUAAUGAUGGACAUUAGUGGUAAUGGAUAUUCACCAUGGCAAGAUAUACAUCAACAACGGUUUGCAGAUCGACAACAAAAGCAAAUACAAGAGUCUGUUGACAAAGAACGUAGUGCAAUGGGAAUGACAAAUAACCAUUCUACAAGUUUUUCUGACAGUACUUCUGUUAAAUGUAUGAAGCCAAGUAAGUAUUUGGAUAACCACAGCUCCAAUGAUUCAAGACUCAAAGUUUCUGUUAUACCGCCAUCUGACACAUGUCUCAAUGUUCCUGUCAUCUCCAACGAGACUCGUCACGAUACAGCUGUUUUGUCAAACAGCUCUAGGGUAAAUUUGCUUGGAUUAUCUAAUGACUCUCACCUUAAAGUUCCUGGGAUACCAAAUGUACAACCUAUGAAAAUACCUUCACUUCCUGGUGAAAGUGCUUUUAACAUUCCUUCUCUAGCAAAUGAUCCUAAAUUUAAUAUUCCAUCAAUAACCAAUGACACUCAAUUAAGCGGUGCUUCUAUAUCAAAUGACGACACAACAUUGCUACUUCAACAUCAACAAAUAUUCACCAUGGCAUCAACUAUAUCCCUGAAGAUAACAGAAUUGAAAUGACUGAAUCUAGAUUGACAACACCACCAAUGUUGUCUAAAGAACAACAAAAUGUCUCAUCAUCAAUGUCAACCCAUUCAAAGAUGAUGAAACCUGUUAUAAAUUCUCAUCCAUUUGUAUCCCAACAAGAUAAUACACCUCAUCUUCAUGUAUCUCAAGCUGUUUCUAUGUCAUCAGAAAAUGUACCAUUGUUGAUAAGUGAAGCUCAACAUCCUCACAUGCCUCGCAAUUCUCUUCAAAAUAUUUCUCAUGGUAGAUCUCAGCAGAAGAUUCCACAAAAACAGCAAUAUGAAAAACCUUGCACCACCCAACCAGACAUCAAUGCUAUUCAAAAUAUUGACAGAAUAGAAUGUGAUGUUAAGAAAGGACCAUCUUCAACUUCUUUGAGUGUCAAAAGCAGAAGAAAAUCUUCCUCCACUGCUCAUGCUGCAACAAAUCCUGAGAAUCAUAAUAAAGACAUGUCUCAGAAGGAUUUACAAAAGCAAGAUGUUAGCAUGAUAAAUAAUCCAGUUUCACCCUUGUCCUCAUCUUCUUCUCACUUUUCACCAACUAUGCUGCAUAAGUCAACUGUUGAGAGCAAAAUGGCCGAGGAGCCACUCAGUUCAAAUUUAAAACAACAAACCAAAUCUACUGGUUGUAAGCCUCCAUUGAUUGAGAGAUUUCGAGCUCCAGCUGCGGUUAGUGGUGAGAAAGGUACUAGCAGUGAUGAUGACACUACUGAUGGUGAUGAUGGUGAUUCUGGUACUGAUACAGAUAGUGUAGAUGAUACAAUUAGUGAGGAUGGUAAUGAUGAAAACAAAGAAGUUUCUGUUAAAGUAAAAAAGCAACCUGAUCAACCUGGAAUGCAGUCCCUACAGAAACAGGUGCAACAAGUUGUACAACAGUUUCAGCAUGCUGAAGAAAGUUCGGAAAGUGAUAUAGAGAGUGCAAGUGAAGCUAGCGAUGAUAGUGAUGAUGAUGAUGAAGAUGAUGAUGAUGGAGACAGCAACGAUGGGAAUCAGGAUAGUGAUUAUUCAUCAAGCAAAAGAAAAUCUAAUGCUGAUUCGGGUCCACCUCGCAAAAGACGUGUGGUGGUCAUUGAUGAAGAAUUGAUGAAAAUUCCUUUGGAAAAAGGGUGGAGACGUCAAACAAAGUUACGACAAACCAGUAGUGGUAGUGGCACUUUGCGAGGAGAUGUUUACUAUUUUGCCCCUUGUGGCAAGAAAAUACGAACAUAUCCAGAUGUAAAGAAGUAUAUUGAAAAGAAUGGUAUUACAGAUCUGGAUUUGACGCAUUUCAGUUUUAGCAUGAAACUUCAUCUUGGUGAAUUUUUGGAAUGCACUCAAGGAAACGAGUUUCGUGCUUUAACAGAGGAAGAAGUACAAGAGCGAAAGAGGAACGAACAGCACAAACAAGAACAAAGAUUGGCGAAAAUGAGUUCACGUAAAGAAAAGAAAAAAGAACAGCAAGAAAAUGCAAAGAAAGUUGCGGAGGCAAAAAUGCAUCGUCGACUUGAACGACAGGCUGCUGUUGAAGCUGCAAAACAAGCGAAACUGCGUAAAGCACAAGAAAAAUUGCAGCAAAAGCUUGAGAAACAAGAAAUGCUUCAGGCAGCCAAACAUGCAAAGAAAGAACGAGCCCGUAUGCUUGCAGAACAAAAAAAGCGGUCAAAAGAGGAGCAAAAAAUUCAAAAACUGGAAAAGCAGAAGAUGGAAAAAGAGGUCAAAGCUCAACAAAUUAUUGAACGAUUUAUGGAUGCUCAAGUGCGUGAUUUUAUAACUUUAAAUACAGCAAGGAAAAAGAAAAAAGAAGAUGUUGCUAAUGCUAGGUAUUACGAAGCAAUGAGAAAGGCAAAGGAAAGAGAAUUAAGAAAACAGCAGGCUGUUCUCCUUAAAGCUCAGGAAAAGGAACGUCUUAAAGAAGAAAAACGAAGAGCAAAGAAACUUGUUAAAGAGAGGAAAUUGGAGCAAAAACGAAGGGAAAUGAUUUUGUCUCGCGAACUGAAAAAACCCGUUGAAGAUAUGGUUUUGAGGGACGCUAAGCCUCUACCUGAACUAACAAGAGUAAAAGAUCUUAAAAUAACUGGAAAUGCUUUUGCAGAUCUAUGUAUGGUCCAAGAAUUUCUCCAUAAUUUUUCCCAAGCCUUGGAUAUUGAUUUUGAGAAUGAAGUACCAAGCAUGUGUGAUAUUCAAGCAUCAUUACUAAAUGAAAAUGAUGAAGAUGUUAUUACUCCUUUAUGUCAAACGUUGCUGUUAGCUGCACUUGAUGAUCCAGGUGUCGAAGGACCUUGUGCGGAAACAGCACUAGGAGUGAAACUUGAUCAAGUAGAACUAAAUGAACACAAUGUCUCUGAAAUAUUGAGGUUAUUUAUUCUCGCACGAAACGCUGAACCAAACGAGAUAUCAGAUGCUCUCACUGAUAAACCUUUUACUGCAUUAAGUCCUUCGCAAAGAGCUGCUUCUUUGGCUUUUAUAUGUAACGAGUUGCUGUGUGGACGAACUAUUUGUCGAGAAAUCGAAAAUAAGAUCGAGUAUAUGUCAUCGUUGCGACACAAUAAAUGGAUCGCGGAGGGCAACUUAAGAAAACUGAAAGCAAAGCAACAGCAAAAGUUCCCCGAGAGCAAGAUUCCUCCCAAAACAUCGGCUGCAGCUGAAGAAAAAAAAAGUGGCGGUAAAAAAACUACUAACUCUGUUGCUAGAGCUGCAUCAACAACAAACGAUAAAGAACAUAAACGAAAAACUUUGGAUGAUGAGGGAAGUGAGGGCAGUGAUGAAGAGGAUGACGAAGAUGAAGUUGAAGAAGAAGAAUAUGACGAAGAUGAAGAAGAAGAUGAUGUUGGUGGUGGUGAAGAAGAUGAAGCUGCUCACGAAGAUGAUGAUGAUGAUACUGAUGAUGAAUCUGGUGACGAGGAAAAACCAGAACCACAAACAUUGGAAGAAUUUGAAUCACGGAUUAGACGUCUAGAAAAGAAACAAGUUCAGUUUCGUGCUAAGCUCUUUGCGUCUUCUCAUUCGCUGCGAGCUCUGUACUUGGGACAGGAUCGUUUUCGACGAAUGUACUGGGUUCUACCCUACGGUGGUAGUUUAUAUAUUGAAGGAAAUGACAGUGGCGAGACUGGGUUGGAAAAUUUUGAUUUUUCAAAGUUGGGGGAUGUUCAUUCCAUUACAGAAACUAAGAAUGCAGGCAGACCUGGUGUGUUCAGUCCAGGUUUUAGUCAGCAUCUUGAAGAAAUGAAGUCACCAACAAGUGAUUUUGUAGGACAGUCAAAAAGUAACCAUGGAAACGGAUCAUGUGAUGAUUCUUUUUCAAUGAGGUUGUUAAUGCAACAUGGGAAAUAUGGCAAUGAUAUGUCGGACACAACCCCAGUACGUGCAAUUAAGAACCAUGUUAGUUAUACAUCAUCUCAUCCAUCGGGCUCUGAGUAUGAAGAUGGCAACUGUAACAUGGGAGGAAUGAUAAUGGAAGGUCAAAGUGGGCCAUGGUUCAAUCUUUUACCGAGGGAACCUUGUGAUAAAGGCACCAUAACGAAUUGCUGGAUGCCUAGUUUAUAUUCACAACGUGUGAUGUUAGAUAGCAAUAGUCCAAGACGGCCUGGUAGACCUCCUAAGCAAACCAAGUCUGUUGAAGGUGGCUUGUUAUCUGGUUCAUCACGGCCGGUAAUACAGGAAAGUAUUUUCAGUGAAGCACCCCAACAUUGUUAUCAUUUGUCUUCAUUACCACGACCAUUAACACUUGAAGAAGUACGACGUAGUGUGAUGGAGUCUCUGAGACAAGAUCCAGCACCUGUACCACAAGAUAUGAAAACUGGUUGGUGGAGAGUCACUGAUCAACGACUAUUAAAGGAUCUCUCGAAAACAUUACAUCAAAGAGGCAUUCGAGAAAAAAGUUUACAAAAAAAUAUUUUGAAAUUUAAUGAUUAUACACAACAUUUAUUUACGAAGCAAGAGUACCGAUUAUCGACUGAUGUUGAUGAGGAAGACGAAGCUAAAAAAACGGACGAGCAAGACAUGGAAAUGGACUUUACUGAUGAUUGGUUUCCUGAUCAAGCGUUUGCUGCUAAUAAAAAUAUCCUUAUAGAGGUCGAAGAAUUGGAGGAGAAAAUAUUUGCAGCAAGUUUACAAGUGAAGGGAUGGAAACUACCGCCAAAAGCAUCACAAACACUGACAUACACUGUUAAAUCAGAUGGAAGUAAACCUGAAAAUUUAUGUGGACUGCCACUGACGAUUGCCAUUACUCGACUUGCGUCUCUUGAAGCUGGAAUUGAGCGAAGAUAUUUGAAAUCACCAUUACGAAAUGACAAAUUGCAAAUUCCGUCAAAAUUGAGCAAUGGACCCGUCAAUAAAAACGAAGAACAGACUGCUGAAGCAGGGUCUCAAGCCCCCAGUGAGAAAGAAGAAAUCGUCACGCCUGCUUUAAAGUUGUGGCGAGAAACUGUCUCUGCCAGUCGUACGCCUGCUCAGUUAUAUAUGUGCUUAAUGUUGCUGAAUGAUUGUAUCGCUUGGGAAAAAUCAAUAAUGAAAGUUUUUUGUCAGAUGUGUCGUAAAGGUGACAACGAAGAACUUCUGUUACUUUGUGACGGAUGUGAUCGUGGUUAUCACACAUACUGUUGUCAGCCGAAAUUUGACGAGAUUCCCCAGGGAGAUUGGUAUUGUACAGACUGUAUCAUUAUGGCUACCGGUAAAAGUUGCUGCUUUACGUGUCGUGGAACACAAGAAAGACUUCUUCGUUGCACACAGUGUCCUAGAAACUACCAUCCACAGUGUGUUGAUCCACCUCUUUCAAAAAUACCUCGCUGUUGGUCUUGUCCUAAUUGCAAGAAGGUCAAGUCAAAAUCACGAAGUCGUGCGUCCACAACUAGCAGAAAGCGAAAAAAACAUCUUCAAGAUGAAAAAGAUGCAAAAGUUGACAAACAAAAUCUUUCUACAAUUGAUGAAUCAAGACAUCUUAACAGAAAACAAUGUUCUAAAGAUAUGGCGCCUUGUCGUAUGAUUCUUGCUGAAAUGGAAAAGCACGAAGAAGCUUGGCCAUUUUUAGUUCCUGUAAAUCCGAAACAGUUUCCUGAAUAUUACACAAUAAUCCUGUCACCAAUGGACUUUCACACAAUGAAAGUCAAGUUAAGAGAUUUUCAGUACACAUCACGGGAGGACUUUGCAGCGGACACUCGUCUUAUAUUUGAUAAUUGUAACCAUUAUAAUGAAGAUGAAUCAGAAAUUGGACAAGCAGGCAAAAGAUUACGACAGUUUUUCGAAAAAAGAUGGUUGGAAAUCAACAGAGAUUCCGAUUGAACAUCGACUAUCCACGAUGUUUUGUAAAAAUAGAAAAAAGAUUGCGUCAAAUGUCCAUAAAUACGUGGUCACGUCGAAAAUAUUUUACUGUUGCGAUGGAAUGACGAGUCAUUUUUAAAACAAAUAUUUGUAUAAUUUUGUAAAUACUUAAUCGAUUGAAAAAUCGAUGGAUUUAGUAUAAAUAUAAUAUUGACCUAAUUUGGUGUUUUGUUUUUAGGGACGGUUUUGUUCCAUGAAAAAAAUGUAGUCCUAUAUAUAUAUGUAGAAAUGUAACCAAAACAGAAGUUUUCAGCCCAAAAGAUGUUUUAGCUGUGUGAACUUGAAUACUUCAUUAUUCAUAGACAUGUCUUUUGAUAAAUUAACAUUGUAUUUUUUUGAGAUCCAUUUCUUUAAAAUUGUUUGUUUACUUUCAAUGAAAUUUGAGAACGCAAAUACUAAAUACUGUAUUUGUCUUUAUAUUAUUAUAGUCUCUAUUGAUGUUUGUAAAUAUUUCAAUCUCUUUAGUUUAAAAAAAUGUACAUGAUUUUCUUUUA